UUGAGGCGAUAGCGCGAGACUCGUUCAUCUCACAGUCCCACACAAGGAACUCUAGCUCCGUUGUGUUGUCCACGGCAACCGACUCUGUCAUUGUUGUGUUUCAUUAAAGGGAAUCGUGGAUUUUAACUGGUCGAUUUGCAGGCAUGUCGAAACUAAAGCUAAUAUCUGCAGCGGACACUCAGUAUCCAGCAUCACUGUUGAAGUCCAUCAAUGAUGAGCGACACAGUGGUUUAUUCUGUGACAUCACCAUAAUCGUGCAAGACCGCAAGUUCAAGGCACACAAAUGUGUGCUAUCUGCCUCGAGUACCUAUUUCCGUCAAGUUCUCUCCGUUGCUGGAACAGUUGUAGAGCUGAACUUCAUCAAGGCAGACAUAUUCGAUAUUAUUUUGAACUACAUGUACACUGCAAAAAUCUACAGGGUUCGAUCUGACAGACUUGAGGAUCUCAUCAACUCUGGUAAAAUUUUAGGCGUGACGUUCAUAGCCAAUUUAGGAACGCCUCUCGCACAAGUCAAGGGAUUACCCGGCCUGUCUAAAGAAAGUGACAACAACUGUGUCAAUUCCUCUGAGAAAAAUGACACUGGAGCUGAGAAUAUGCCAAUUAUUACUGAGACUUUCUCACUGUCUGCUGAAGAGUUCAACAUGGCAGGUGGUAAUGCAGAAAAGGAAAUAGACUCAGACGAUGAUGUUCUUUUUGUCUCAAAAACAGAGGCCCCACAAGCUCAAAAGUCCAAGAUAUCAGAUAUUAAUGACACGCAAGAAGGACCAGAGGCUAAAAAACAAAAAAACACAAACGAGGAAGGAAUUGCCUCUAAAGAUUCAACAGCCCAAGUUGGUAAUGACAAGCUUCCUUCUGAAACAAAUAAAUCUCUUCAAAAUAACCUCGAGCCCCAACCAGAUGUCAUCCUCCUCUCGAAUCCACAAACCAGUAGCAGUAUUCUCACUUCACCAGUAAAAACGAGCUCACACAGUGAGCCCACAACCCCGUCUUGCGUCAACAGCCUCUCUUCAGACGCUCAUAGCACCUCGCUGCCUCUGGACAACCAUGAAAUACUUGGUGUCCAAAAGAAAAAGGUCCUUCUAGAGCUAUCGCCCGAUCAUCCCGGAAAAAUCAGACUGUCGGAUGUAAGGCCGACGUAUAGCACCAAUAAUGGACCAAACCCUGCAAUAAACAUGGUCCCAGCAGUGUCCGUGAAAAAGACCAUAACGUUAGACAAAGCCUCGGAAAUCGAUUCGCUAUCGCCUGGUUGCAAAGUAUAUGCCAACAUUGGUGAAAACACCUACGACAUCGUUCCAGUAAAAGAGGAUGCCGGGGAGGGAGUGGCUCCUGGUAGGAAAUCGCAAAUGCCACUCGAUUCUCCCGACAUGACCAAUAACUCGCCUCAAAGAAAGAAAAAAUCAAAGCUGGAUCAGGAGGAUCACUAUGAACUUAUCAUGGAUGGAAAGACCUUUUACGUGUGCAUUGUGUGCAAGCGUCCCUAUGUGUGCCUGACGAGCCUCAGGCGGCACUUCAACACUCACUCGUGGGAACGAAAGUAUCCGUGCCAUUACUGCAGCAAGGUUUUUGCCCUGGCCGAGUACAGAACCAAACAUGAAAUCACGCACACAGGCGAAAGACGAUACCAGUGUUUACUGUGCAGUGAAAUGUUUCUCAAUUAUCAGAUUUUGUCCACCCACUGCAAGCAAAUGCACAACCAAGAUCCUUCGGGAAGGAAAGAGAAAGAUGACUCUUGCAACAACUUGUAUCGUCUGCUGCCUUGUAAAACGUUGCAGUUCAAACCAUAUUCCUUUGUGUCCGACGAGUCGGGGGGGAUUCCGGUGAUCAAUGAAGAUGGGAUUGUGCAACAUGUAAACCCCGACAAAGAGCACUUUACCAACCAGCCACUUCCAUCUAGCCAAAGCAAAGCACUGAGCUGGGAUGACAUCUUUGUAGAAUCGGAAGCACAAAACAGGCCAAUGGCUCACGUUCGACCAGGACCACGGCCUGUCGACCAAAUAAAUGCCGAAACGAACGAAUUUGAGUUUGUUAUACCGGAGACGUACUGAGCAUGCUUGUUCACUCCUCUUGCUUUGGUGCCUUGUUCAUUUGUUCGUGUUUAAAUUUAAGGUUCUCUGGAAACUUAACUUCAAUAUCCAUUAACUUAAAAUGGUUUCAAGGUGGUUUAAUGUAAACUUAGAAUAAUUUGUUACUUAGCACUGGAUUACAGUUCAGUUUCACAGUCCAUCAUUGAAUGAAUCGUAAUAAUUCCUCGUGAUAAUAUGACAAAGUAGAUAAUACAUAUUUUAUGUACAGCUACAUUAGAUCUUUGUAGAGCUUACCUGUUCCCUUUUAUGUUCUGGACAGUACAACCAUUUUGGAUGUAAUUGGUAGGGUUCAAGUACAGUUAUUAUUUUAUUACAGUUAUGCAACUAUAAUGUGUAAAUGCUUUUGGGGAGUGUUACAUAAAUCAUAAUUCCAAAGUCAAAUGUAACAGCGAAAUCAUCAUCACUAAAUUAUUCGGUAACACUUUAUUUGAAGGUGACGAAGUUGCCUGUUACUACAUGUACUUACUAUAGUAAUAACAGUAUUAAUGCAUAAUUUCAAGUAAAUAACCCCAAACCAAGCCCUAACUCAUAUUACUCAGUACUUAUUUGAGUUAGUACAAUGUCACCUUAAAAUAAAGUGUAUCCAAUUAUUCCUUUCAUUUUCAGUUUCAUUUGAAAGAGACGCUAACAUCGUUUUAAUUUUCUUGUUGGCUUAUUAUUGUAGUUUUUAUAUAAUUGUUCGUUAGUAGAUAGAUCAGUGUUAAUGGCAGGUUCUGGUCCUGCAGUAAAAAAUGGUUUGAAUGUUUGUAUUUAAAGUUUUUGUUGAUUGUCAGCAGUUUUUAAGAAGGAUGGAGUAAAUAUAUAAAAUGUUUAUGUCAUCUGUCCAUUAAUUAUGUUUCGAGGUUGUUUAUUUAUAUUAGGCUACAUUAUGAACAUUGGGACCUGAAGAGAAAUAUUCAUCCCUCAUCAGGGCAUGUCUAGAGAAACAAGAUACUGAAAUGUCCAGAGUAUAAAGGGUAAUGUUGGUAAUACAAAGGACCACUCUUUUUCAGUUUAAUAUUUUGUAUAUACAUAUAUAUAUAAUUUUUACAAUUAUUUUUUCAGCAUAGUUUUAUAAUUUUUUAGCUUUGUGGGCUGUGAGAAGAAUGAGAUUCUUCCAGUCAGAUCUAGUGCUCUAACAUAGUCAUGUAUUGUACAUAAUAGUACUAAAGGCCUUCAUUUUAACAAUUUCUUCUCUUUUGUAAACUAUUUAUUAUUAGGUUUUAGUGUGAUAGAAUGAAAUAAAACUUUGAAGAACA